UUUCAUUACAAGAUCACAAAAUGGGGUAGUGUAUUCAGUAUUCAGAUAGCUAAAAUUUGAUUUGCAUGAGAGACAAGACGGACUUUGGUCGAAGCAGUUGACUUGUAACUUAGAAUAGAAUAUUGAAAACUAAGUAUCUUAAAAGAAUGGCAGUCGCUUUAGUGUCUUUGGAGACCAAGGAUUUUGAUACAUUUGUAGAAUAUUUUUGCAUAACUUGUAAGAAUAAAAACACUAAGACUGAGGCAAAAGCUUAUUGUAAAAAGUGUGACUCUUGCUUUUGUGACCAAUGCGUAAAUCUGCAUAGUCAGUUGUUUCAACACCAUAUCACUAAUGGGCCUAAAGAAAUGGAGAAGUGGCCAGUUGCCAUGGCUACACAGGAAUUUCUGGAGAUCUGUGAAGUUCAUAAAGAAGAGACACUGAAACUGUUUUGUGAGGACCACAGCCAAGUGUGCUGCAACACUUGCAUUCUGCUGAGUCAUCGACAGUGUUCAAAGGUUACCUUGAUUGCUGACACCACUCUGUCUGCAACAGACCAUCAGCAGCUGUCAGCCAAUAUUAACACCAUUCUGGAUCAACUUAUGAAGCUGCAAACAAACUGGGAGAGCAACAUGAAGUCACUGCAAGUGUCAUAUGAAGAGAGGCUUAAAGAGGUGAGAAAUUUGAGAGAGAGAAUAAAUGACACCUUAGAUAAGCUGGAGAAGACCACACUGAAGGAACUGGACGAAGUGAAAGCCAGCUGGAAUGCCUCCUUCAAUUUUGAUGUUGAUGCAUGCUCAAGACUUCGUACUAAGCUGACAUGUCUCAAUGAUGCAUUACAGGAAACUGGCAAAAAGAAUGCAGAGCUGGCAUUCAUAGCUUAUCAAAAGAGUACAGAGCUGUUUAAACAAGUAGAAAAAUACCUGAACAACAAUUUUGUACAAACAGAAGUUUCCUUAAAAUUGAUUUCUUACAAUGACAUUGAAGCGUAUUUAUCCAACCUUUUCGUUCUUGGUCAAACCAUAAAUGUUCAGAAAGAACCGAAUAUACAGGAAAGUCCAGACGAGGCAAUCUCAGUUGCAAUGACUUCUUUAGCUAGUGUGAAAAUACCGAGCGAUCAUACCAACUGUGAUAUAAGGGGCAUUUGUAGUCUUUCCAAUGGUCAGAUACUUGUUACAGACAAUCAAAACAAGAGACUGAAGCUGUUGGAUCUGCUGUACAAGGUGGUCAGUGAUUGUGAUAUGUCUGGCACUCCAUGGAACAUAUGUUUGAUCACCCCCUGUCAUGUAGCAGUUACUGUGGACAGUUGUAUACAGUUUUUCUCAGUGAACAGUGGACAGCUGGUGAAGGGUAGGAGGUUACAGCUACCACAUCCCUGUAGAGGAGUUUCCCAUCACCAGGAGGACCUGUAUGUAACCUCCCGUACUGCUCUGUACAAGUACACUCUCACUGGCACACUGGUGAACAUGAUGUAUGAGGAUACAUCUGGUGUUGAUGCAGUCUGGAAUUGUGAAGUGAGUCCCAGUGGUGACAGGAUCUAUGUUACAAACUAUAACCGUAGCAUGCUCCUCACCCUAGCCAGGGAUGGGACUGUUAUCUCCAACUUCACUGACACAGAACUUAAAAACCCACGGGGAGUUCACUUGACGCCUGCAGGACAGGUGCUUGUUUGUGGUCAAUCAUCAAACACUGUCAUACAGGUGGAUAGAGAGGGCAAAAAGAAGAUUGCUACACUGGCUACACAGAAGGAUGGACUUCAAUCCCCUCAUACAGUUUUCUAUAACCGAAAAUCUGGCUCUGUCAUUAUUGGACAAUACAAUGAUGAGAAUAUCCGUGUGUUUAAUAUUAAAUGAAAUAGAUUUAUUGGAAAAAAUCCUAUUAUUGUUACCAUUUGAAUAAAAAAUAAAUGUUUAGCCUUCUGAAAUUCAUCAGUUUUAGAAGAUGUAAAAUGUUGUGCUUUGAUUUUAUGUUUUGAUUUGUGGAUUGUACAGUAAAAUCUUCAAAUAACAAGCUGAGAUGAUUUGGCAUGCACUGCUAAACACUUCAUUGUUUAUUACAUUGUGACUUUAAUUGAUUAUUUUAAUAAACACUGACUAAAUUGCGUUAAUUUGCGUAGAAGCAUUCUUCUUAUAAUUUCUUGAAGUACCUUCCUCACUAUGUAAAUGUUAAUAAAGAAUGUUAUGCUG